UCCCAACAAUUCUAAUUGCACCAAAGAUCAAAAUGGCUCAACCUAUGGUGCCCCUUUGUGUGUGUCUUGUACUCCUCAUGGUGGUGGUGGCUGACGGAGCACCAAAAGCACCUAAACCUAAACAUGUCAAGUGUAAAGACAAGAAUUUCCCUAUUUGUCGGCAAAACAAGAAUCUCCAUUGCCCUUUGGAUUGCCCUCGCAAUUGCACUGUAGAUUGUGUUACUUGUCAAGCCGUGUGUACGGCGCCACCACCACCGCCGCCGCCACCGCCACCGCCAUCACCUCCGCCAUCGCCUCCACCGCCACCAAAACAGAAAAAGCCACAUUCACCACCUCCUCCUCGUAGUCCACCGCCACCAAAACACAAAACGCCACAUUCACCACCUCCUUCUCGCACACCGUCGCCACCAUCUCCUAUUUCCACUCCACCGCCACCUCCUACUGAGGUUCCUACACUGCCACCUCCUCCUAGUGUUCCUACAUCAUCACCACCACCUCCUCCUUCCAAUGUGCCCACAUCCCCUCCUACUCCUAUUUCUACUCCACCGUUGCCACCUUCAACUCCGCCACCUUCGACUAAUCCCAAGAAAGCCAGAUGCAUGAAUAAGGCUCAUGAAACGUGCUACCGGAGAGAGUUUACAUGUCCCAUUGCUUGUCCUGAGCAAUGUGAGGUUGAUUGUGUCAUAUGCAGUCCUGUUUGCAACUGCAAUCGGCCGGGAGCAGUUUGCCAGGACCCACGCUUCGUUGGCGCGGACGGAAUAGCGUUCUACUUCCAUGGCAAAAAGGACCAAGACUUCUGCAUAGUCACCGAUUCCAAUCUCCACAUCAACGCUCACUUCAUCGGCAAACGCAACUCCAACAUGAAGAGAGACUUCACAUGGAUCCAAUCUCUCGGAAUCCUCUUCGACUCUCACAAACUCUCCAUCGCUGCCCAAAAAACCGCAAUCUGGGACGACUCUGUCGAUCGACUAUCCCUCUCCUUCGACGGCGAACCGGUCCUCCUCUCCGCCGUCUCCGGCGAUACCUGGCAGCCCUCCGCCGUCUCCGGCGUCUCCAUCACCAGAUCUCGCGAUGCCAAUUCAGUGGUGAUCGAAGUCGAAGGGAAUUUCAAAAUUAAAGCGAAUGUUGUUCCGAUUACUGAGAAAGAUUCGAGAGUGCACAACUAUGGAGUCACCGAAGAGGAUUGCUUCGCACAUUUAGACCUAGGGUUUAAGUUUUACUCGCUCAGCGGCGGCGUUAAUGGCGUUUUGGGGCAGACUUACGGCGGCGAUUAUGUGAGCAAGGUAAAGAUGGGGGUUGUGAUGCCGGUUUUGGGUGGUCAUAAGGAAUUUGGAUCUUCGAACCUCUUUGCUGUAGAUUGCGCUGUUGCGAGAUUCAAUGGGAGCUUCAAUUCGUCAGAGGGUUUCGAGUAUGGUGAUUUGAAUUGUGGAAGUGGAAUGGAUGGUAGAGGAGUUGUAUGCAAGAGAUGAAUCAAUCUCUCUGUCUCUCUAUCUCUCUGAGUUUAUACAGAGAGGUUUCAUACUGUUGUGUGCAAAUAAGGUCAGGAUCUAGUCAGAGUUCUGUGGCCACUGCUUUGAAUGAUUUCCAAAAAUAAGGAUUUUCUCCUGGAAAUUAGUUUGUUUUUUUUUACCUAUGUGUUGUAUACGGAUUAUGGAACUACAAGGACUAAAAUUUAUUUGUA